AUGAAGAAGGCGGGAAAUCCUGUCACAAAUCGUGCUGCAAUAAAGAAGCUGCUAGAUUCACUUCCCAAGGAAUGGAGCCUACAAUGCAUGAUGAUCAAGAAGGAUUUCCUCAACAAUCCAAAUCCUGUCACUUUGUCCGAUCUGAUCAAUACCCUAAGAGCCUUUGAAAUGGAUGUCAACAAAAGAGAGAUGAACACUGCUGGUUACCAACCAAAGUCAACUCAAACCUCUGCUGGAUUGAAAAAUGUGGCAUUUCUUGCAUCAGGGGGCAUCACUCUACAAGCUUCUGACUUAAUCUAUGCGAACGCUUCCGCAAGCGUAUCAAAAGCUCCACAACUUGUUGAGAAGACUAUCACUGUUGACACUCAAGCAUUGAAAGUGUCCACUGAAAACGUGGCACUCUUCAACACAUUUCUGAGCAGCUAUGAAGCCCCGAUGUCUGGGGAACUGAAAAAGGAGAUGUUCACUGCUGAAGACAUGUAUCAGGAAAGCGUUGGGGGUCUUGGAAAAGCUGGCUUUGACAAAUCUAAACUUAGGUGCUACAACUGCAAGAAUCUAGGACAUUUCAAGCGUGAUUGUCCUCUGUUGAAAGAAGGAAACAGUGAAACCACUCCUGCUGUAAAGCAAAUCGCAGUUGAAGAGAACAAGAACAACGCGUCUCCUAGCACGCCAAAAGCUUUAGUCAUCGAAGACUAUGAUUGGAGUGAAGAAAUUACUGAAGCAAAGGAGCAAGUAAACAAAGCUCUGAUGGCCAAAAUCUCAGCUGAAUCCUCAUCAAGACAAUUUGAAAAGCAGACUGCUGGAAUUCCAAAAGGAGACAAUACUGCUGACAAAGGUCUAAAAAGCAUUCUGACCUCAGUGGAGCCUGAAAAUGAAAAGAAAUGUGGUCAAGCAGAGGAGCAUGUUUCGAAAGAGGCAUCUGAGAAGGGCAAGGAAAAGGUCCCAGCAGCCGCCAUGAAAGCAGAUUCAUCAAAGGAGAAGGCUGACAAGGACUUGGGCCAUGUGCCUACAAUUGAGACCCGUGAUCGUGAACAUUGUGUGUCUAAAUGUCAUGAUUUAAAUUAUGCGUGUUGUGAUGAUAAAGUUGCUUGUGAAUCUCCUGUAUUUGUGCCAGAAUUAAAAAGGAAUAGUUUUGGAAAAUUCCUCACAGAGGAAAUUCCCGAAUUUAUUCCUUCCAGAACAGGUAUGACAGAUUCAGAAAAGAGUGUCACUGAAGAUCAAGGCAAUGAAGACUCAAGCAUCACUGCCUCAGACAAUGAGCAAGGAUCAGAAAGUUCAAGUGAAGAACAAACAGCUAGUGAUGAAAGCUUCGAAUGUUCAAGUUCUGAAACCAAUGAAGACCAGGACUCAGAAAGUUCAGAUAAAGAUCGAAGCUACAAUGAGUCAAGUUACGAAGCAAGUGAAGAGCAAGGCUCAAGCGAGGACAACAUGUCUGAAAGUUCAUUCGAUUCAGACAGUGAUGAAGAACACUCAGAAGAUGAAAGCAGAAAUAAACUCCAGAAAUGGCUCCGCAUGCUUAUGGAGUACAUCUGGCAUGUAGACAGCGGAUGUUCAAGACACAUGACUGGAUUGAAGGAACUUCUGAAGAACUUUCGCUUCAUCGAUGGUGAUUUCGUAUCUUUCGCUGGAGACGAGAAAGGAGGAAAGAUUGUUGGAGUAGGAGAUGUGGUGUCGGAAGCCCUCACAUUGGAGAAUGUCAACUAUGUUCCGGAGCUGUGUUACAAUCUCAUGAGUGUCUCUCAAGUCUGUGAUAAAGGAAUAUCGGUGCUUUUCAAUGACAUGGAAUGCUUGUUCCUCAAGCCUGGAUAUGUUGUUCCUGCUGAAAUGAUCAUGCUCACUGCUCCAAGACAAAACAACACAUACGUGCUCAACAUGAAAAAUGCCAAGACAAAUGACAAUCUAACCUGCUUGAUCUCUAAGGCUUCAGAAUCGGAGUCACUGCUUUGGUACAGGCGAUUGGGGCAUGUUAAUUUUAAAAAUAUGAAUAAACUCUCCAAGUUAAACUUAGUAAGAGGUCUUCCGGUUAAAAAAUUCCCAUUUUCUGAAAAAUAUGAUUUCUCUCGGUUUUCAUGGGUCUAUUUUCUUGAAGCAAAAAGUGAGACAGCUGAAGUUCUCAAAUCAUUCAUCCCGCUGAUUGAAAAUGUGACCAAACUAAAAGUGAAGUCGAUCAGAAGUGACAAUGGGUCCGAGUUCAAAAAUCAGACCUUCAUAUCCUUCUGUGCUGAAAAGGGAAUUCAUCUCCAAUACAGUGCAGCCAGAACUCCCCAAUAG